AUGUCAAGAUUAAAUUCAAGAACUCUUUUCAAAACCAUCCCCUUGAGAACAACCCCGAGGAUUGGAAACUUCGGUUGGAUUAGGAACUAUUCCGAGGGCUCGUUGAGAACAGGGGAUUUAUCAGAUGGAAGAAUUAGGGAGAUCGCGCGGAAGGUUGAUAGGGAGAGAUUGUGGAAAGAAUUGCAUUAUACGUGUCAAUGGGGGAGGGGGGAGAAAUGGGGAACGUAUGUUUGGCCAUUUUUCAUUGAAGGGGAAACUGAUCGAGGAAUGUCCCGACUUGCGCUCUCCUCCGCCGACAAACAAGCACGGGAUUGGUUCGUCGAAACAACUAAAAAUAUCGGCUGUGAUGUGAAGAUUGACACUAUGGGUAAUAUUUUUGCAAUCCGACCCGGAAGAAAGGAUGGACCAGCUACCUAUGCGGGGAGUCAUUUGGAUACACAGCCGACGGGAGGAAGAUACGAUGGAAUUUUGGGUGUUCACGCAGGUAUUGAAGCGUUGAAGACAAUGAAUGAUUUGGAUAUUGAAACAGAAUAUCCUACGGGAGUUAUUAAUGUUUGUUUGGACAAACGGUACACAUCUGCAUCACCCCAACACCCCCCUCUAACCUUCUCUCUAACUGCCGCCACAGAAGAAGGAGCGCGCUUCCCCAAAUCCAUGAUAUCCUCCGGCGUGUGGGCUCACGACAUUCCCCUCUCGGUGGCUCAUGAUUUGUGCGAAGUAAAUGGGCCGGCAACCAUGAAAUCAGAAUUAGAAAGAAUAGGAUAUUUCGGUGCAACUCCCACUUCAUACCUGGAUAAUCCAAUCGGUGCACAUUUCGAACUACAUAUUGAACAAGGUCCAAUUCUCGAGAGGAGUAAAACGAAGAUUGGAGCUGUGACGGGCGUGCAGGCUUAUAGGUGGUAUACUAUUACAGUGAGGGGAAGAGAUUGUCAUACUGGUACAACGGAUUUCGAGAAUCGUUCAGAUGCUAUGCUUACAGCUGCAAAAAUUAUUCAUCAUAGCCACAACAAGGCAGCUGAAAUGGGUUGUCUAGCAUCCACAGGUAUCCUCACUCUCAAGCCUGGCUCUACUAAUACUGUUCCGGGAUUCGUACAGUUUUCACUUGAUAUCAGGUCUCCGGAGGAUCAAAGGCUUCUGAACUUUGAGAAAGAAUUAAAAAGAGAUUUUGAGUUGAUUGCUGCUGGAGAGCAGAUGCCAACUCUUGGGGCUAGUGGAAAGAGAGGUAAAGGUUGUUUGGUGGAAUGGAAAAUGGAUACAGAUUCUCCGGCUACUCAUUUCAACAAAGAUUGUAUUCGAUGCGUAGAAGAGAGUGCUGGAGAUUUGGCUGGAACAGCUUCUGGUAUCGGAGAUCAAACAGAAGCCGUCUCCGAAAGUUAUAGGAGAAUGGUAUCAGGCGCUGGACAUGAUAGUGUUUAUACUUCGAGACAUGCUCCAACCUCAAUGAUCUUUGUGCCUUGUAAAGACGGCGUCAGUCAUAAUCCAGCCGAGUAUUGUAGUCCAGAAGACUGUGGGAAUGGUGCACAAGUCUUGCUUGGAGCGAUGUUGAGAUAUGACCGACUGAGAGCUUUGAAAAAAGCCUGAAUGCACUUUGAAAAUGCAUAACUCAUGGAUAUCAACA